AUGCCCCCCCCAAGCACCCCAGCCUUUCUCCACAACUUUUACAACUUCGACAAUAGCAACAAUAACAGCAGCAGCAGUAGCAGCAGCAGCAUCACCAGCAGCAGCAGCAGCAGCAUUAGCAGAAACAUUAGCAGAAGCAGUAGCAUCAGCAGCGUGAUGUCGAAUGACGAGGAACGCGCUUCACUCCUGGCUCGGAUCGCCGCCUUGGAGGCGCGAAUGAACCAGAUGGAGAGCAGAACCACCAUUAUCAUUACCCAUGCACCACACGGAGCGCCCUCCAUUGUCAUCCAUCCUUCGAACGCAGCGUCAAUCUCAAUCUCAAGCUCAGCCUCAACCAUCCGUAUUCCCCCAGAGUUGAGCUCUUCCGAAUUCGGCAUCCCGUCUCCCGCCUCCGCCCACCAACCCGAAAGAAUGAACGACAGCCCGGCCGAAGGCGUCCCCCUCAUCCAACAACAGUUGGAAAAAUUCAUAAUCGUCGUCGCGGGGCUGGUAGCCCAUAUGCUCGCGCCGCAUUUCAACGCCGCAGGAACAGGCAUUAACAACCAGACCAGGAGCCAACUGGCGAGAGAGGAGAAUGAGAGAGAUACUAUGGAAGAAGCCACUCAGGCAGAGAAUCGGAGGUUGACAAUGCAUGCUGGCCACACACCAAAUCACUCCAUCUCCAAAUUCCAUCUUAGUAAGGGGUAUGCGGACAGCGGAUCUGUCACACCUACUCAGGAGCACCAUGAUGAAAACAAGAGGAUGUUGGCUCCUCCGGCCCACGGUGAGGAGGAACAGCAUAGCGAGGAUGAUCAUGGGGACAGCGAACUGUCUCACCCCCUCGGCUUGACGAACGAUGCUGCCGCGGAUCAUGAGUUUCUAGCGGAGCUGGACGAGAAGCUGCGAUUGGCCAAAACAAUCGCGGAUGCCGGUCCCAGCAAUGAGCCAGAGUCAAGCCCGAGUCCUCUCUCAUCACCAUGGGACAUCGAGGAUGAUGGAGACGAACCUCACAAGCUAAGGUUGAAGCCCAGUUGCAACUUUGGGAAACCCUUGGGCGAGAUUUGA